UCGUCGCGCGCACACCAGUGUCGGCGUCGUCAGUAAUUUAUGAGCUUCGCUUCUUCUUUUUAGGCAAAAUGAGUAGGCGAGAAGAGACGUCACUGGAGGAGCGGUCAUCUGCCACCAAGCGUCCAGCACCAGAAGGGGAUGGGUGGGAGGAGGAGGAGGAGCCUAAGAAAAAAAUAAGUUUUGGUCUCAGCAAACUCCAAGACAAAAGCUCUGUUGGAGCAGCUCUCAAAGCCAAGAAGCCAAUAGGUGGCAUCUCAAUCAAGCUUGGUCAGACACAGAAGGCAGCUGUGCAGGCAGGAGCCUUGACAAUGAAGCCAAAAGUCGGCUCAGCUGCAUCAGUAUUUGGUGGUGAAGAUGAUGAAGAUCAAGAAGAAAUGCCUCCAGAAGCUAGAAUGAGAAUGAAAAAUAUUGGAAGAGACACUCCCACCUCUGCAGGCCCUAACAGCUUUGGAAAAACAAGAAUGGGUUUCUGUGAUUCUAAGAAGAUUUAUGAGAAACAACUUAAAGAUGUCCAGGACAAAUCUAAUAAAUUAGAUGAUGAUGAUGAUGUGUAGAGUACAGUACUUUUAUUCAUUGUGUGAACUAAUCAGGAAAGGAAUGGCAUAAAUGAAGGACUUACAUUAUUUAAGUUAAUUAUGAUCCAUUAUUUUACAAGAUGCCAUUGUCUUGUUUGUUGCAUAUUUCAUUAUUAUAAUUUACUCUUUUAAGUAAAUUUUGUACUUAGACUUGUUUACACAACAAUGCACUGUGAAAAUUGUCCCCAGGUGACAGAUUUUCAUACAGAAUUGUGUACUACAAAUUAUAGAAAUGGAGUUUUGAAUUCAGUUGUUACUUGCAUUUUUGCAUGAGGCAUUGUAUUAUUUUGUAUCCUUAACCUUUUAACUGUCAAACUGUUCAUCUACACAUUACUGCUAGUGUUCCAGAUGUUGAUCAGUACACUAUUUUUCCUGCAUUCAAAUUUGGCACUAGAAGCCUAAUAGGCUUAGGAACUAUAGAAUGGGUCUGCACACUUGGUGUGCACCAUGUUUACAAAAAUCUGAGAUCUCAUAGCACAAGUUCAAAUGAGCAAAGAGUAUGGCAAACCCCAGGGAUUCACUAAUGUCAUAUCAUAUUAACUUUUUUUUUUUUUUUUUUUUUUUUUUUUUUUCCCCCAAGAAAAGUUAUAUUGAGAGGGAUGUGGCCACAAGUGGUCAAGGAAAUAUCGAAAACCUCGAUAAUAACCCGUGUGCUACUUCAUUUAAAUUUUGACGAUAACCUAUGUGCUACUUCAUCUCAGUUUUGAACCACUGGUAGUGGCAUCCUGCCAAUGAGUCCCCUGAGUUAGUAGAGAGAGAGAGAGAGAAUUCUAUGUGUGAUACAUGUUUGGCUGGCUGGAUGGCUCUGUCUGUUUCCCUCUCACUCAGAGAGAGCUGCUCAUUAACCUGAUUGUCAGCUAGUCAAACAGGUGUUACACAUGUUGCAGAAUCGUCACAGUUGCACAAGUGGAAAGAUACAACUGUGGUCAAAAUGUGUAUAUUCCUUGCCACAGUCAUGCUUAUGCCUCAUAUCUACAAGCACAGUACUGGUCCACAGAUUACUACAUCCAAGUCCUUGGUUCUGUUCAAAGGAUGCCUGCCGUUUAAGCAGUGUAUACCAAGCAAAACAUAAUUGCUUUGGUAUAAAAAUUUAUAUGGCCGAAAUGCAUCCAUUCUUUGCCAAGUUCAUUAGACCCCAGAUGUACAGUGGUAUAUCUGGGGUCUCACUGUGGAACAGCGAGACCAAAUAGAAAACAUAUACGUAACAAGGUUCACUGAGGGCAAUGCUGCUGGUGCAGUGCACCAUCAGCAAUGUAGAGUGCCACCCUGUCUGACACUGUGCUUUCAAGGAGUUUCAUGUACUUCAGCACUACUAAACACAACUGGGACCUAUAAAUAAUUUGCAUGUAUUUCUAGACAAUAAUAUGUGACUGGGGCAGGUGGAUAUGUUCAUCUGUCAUUGUAAAUGUGUUUGUGUCAGAAAAACGAUUGGCUACGAAAUCACAAGAUCUAUAAAUUGUAAUUAUCAGAACAUAAAAACUACAUAAAUUAAAAAAAAUGAGAAAACAAGGUAUAUCUGUGACAUUUCUGCAAGCGGCAGGACUCCACAUUGCCAUCACAAGAGCAUCCAAUGUCAACUUCAUGGCUUUAUAUCUGUGUAGUACAGAAAAUUAACCUUUUUUUUUUUUUAUUUUUAAUAUUCGGAGUGCUAGAAGAGAUACACUGAUCAACACCAUGACAGUUAAAGGGUUAAAAUCUUUUUGCAAUUUGUUGUAGCAAAUACUUUAACACUAAUACAUUUGGAUUAUUGAUGGAUUUAGCUUCAUAGAUGCAUUAUGUUGGAAGAUUAAUUUUAACAUUUUAUAUUUCAGUGUGAUUUUCUUUAUGCUUUUCUUAAAACAGAAAAUGUUACUGGGGCCAAGAUCAGGAUAAGAAAAUAGUGUUAGUAUAGUUGCUCUUGACUAGCAGUCAGUAGCAUAGAUCCCAUCUGGAUAAAAGUGCAAAGAACUUAAAUGCUGCUAAUCUAUUCACUGUUGAAAUACCUCGUAUAUACCUGUGACCUGUUGCAAGAGUUUUCCUACUAUUGCAGCUUGGCCCAGGACUGGGCUUCUCUGUUAAUUGCCUUUUCAAUAAGGCUACAUACCUACCCUAUAUGCAUGCUUUGUUGAUUUCCUAAUGUUUGUUUUAUCUUGCCAAUACCGAAAGGAUUGGGCUAUUAUUUUGUAUUUCAUUCCUGAAGAUUCAUUAUUUUAAUAUUCCACCCACUGCAAUAUCGUAUAGUAGUAUCACACUGUUGCCAAGAUGUUUAGAUGCCUAUUGGCAUUAUAAGGUUUUGUACAUAUGUAAUUAAAUCACACAAGUUAUAAUGCUAUAUAAAUAUAUAAAUAAUCCAGUAAAUGGUGUUGUGUGUGUUAAUAAAUGUCCACUUAGGAAGAUUACGUAA